GCGAUCCAAAGCAUCUCAUAUUCUCAUUCCUGUGUUGCAAAGAGCCACAUACAAAAAAACCCAUAUAUAAUUCCGAUCCUUUAACAAAGACACCUCAUAAAAUUCCUAGAAUCAAAGAAUGCCACAACCCCUGAAACCGUUGGAGCGGCCCCAUGUUUGGGUAUCCAUGGCGAAGCGCUAACACCGGCCUUAUCUUCGAGAUGCCACCGGACCCCACACCACAGCGGCCAUGCCACGUCGCAGCACACCAGGCAGACCAAACUCACUGCCGUCGCAGGCGCGCGGACACGCGCACCAACACUGCUCUUCUUCAUCCUAUCGCCGUCCCCGAUCUCUCUCUCUAUCUGACUCCUCCCGCCACCUUCCUCGUCGAUCCCCGGGCUUAUCUUUCCCCCACGCCACUCAAGAACCCUGCGACACCGCCGUCCUUUGGCCUUUAGCAUCCCAGCGCACCUAUAAAUCGCGUCGUCCGGCGGCAAGGAAGGCAUACGCGUCGACAGAGGAACCGGAAGGGAGGGACAAAGGUGAGAGAGACCCAAGGAUUCGGUGCUUGUCAGAGGACCAUCAUCUGCGAUCGUACCGCAUGGGGAUGCACCAGUCGACGACGACCCACGGCGACGGCCCCAAGAAGGUCCUCCGCCGGCUGCCGCACGUGUACAGCAAGGUGCUCGAGCUGCCGCUCCCCGCGGACGCCGACGUCAGGGCGUUCGAGGGCACCACUGCGCUCCACUUCUUCGCGGCCUGCGGCGCCAUGGGCGAGGUGAGGGCGCGGCUCGUGAGGAUUUACCCCGGGGUCGUCAAGGUGGUGGUGGUGCACGCUGGGACCGGAGACGGCGGCGAGGACGGCGACGACAUGGAGCUUGACAGGUGGAGGUACCGGCUGCCUGAAGAUUGUUGCCCGGAGCUGGCUAUGGCCGGGUACGUCGACGGGCAGCUUAUCGUGACGGUGCCCAAGGGACGCGGCGAAGGCGGCGACGGGGCUUGGAGGUGCGGCAAUGGAGCAGCGGGGGAGAUUGGUGGGAAGCUCGUGGUCGUGCAAUAGAACCGGUGGGGUACUAGUGAGCGAGCGUGAGCUCCAUAAUUGCUCAUCUAGUCUUGAGUAUUCUGGUUACUUCUUGCCAUUUGUUUCUUCUUUUUCCAUAAAGAUGGGCGCUUUGUGUUCUGCUCCUUCCUGAUUUGGGGAAGAGAACUGUUCAAUAAGCAACCUUCCUAGCCUGCUCAAGGACAGUCAUUGCAAAGUUUGUACAAACUCUUUGGUCCUUGGAAUGAAAUGUGAAUGCAGAUGAAACUGUGAGAAAAUGUUUUAUCGGAA